UCCAAGUCCAAUUUUCGGCAUGUUUCUCCUUUGAAUCGGUGUAUAAACCUCUAUAUAUACCAUGCAAAGUUCAUUGGAUUAGCCCAAGCAAUACCACACCAAAGUUCGUCAUUCAUCAUAUAUACUAGUUACUUGUUACCAUCAAAGUAAGCAACAAUGAUGAAAACCCUGACACUCUACGGCCUUAUCUUGGCCUUCUUUCUCUUAUCUGGUGCUCACUCUGCUAAAAUAACUUUCACAAACAACUGUCCAAAAACCAUUUGGCCCGGAACCCUAACUUCGGAUCAAAAACCUCAACUAUCAAAUACUGGAUUUGAGUUAUUAUCCAAAGCUUCCUUAACACUGGAUGUUCAAGCUCCAUGGAAAGGCCGGUUCUGGGCCCGAACCCAAUGCUCCACCAACUCAACAAAUUUCACUUGCGAGACUGCUGAUUGUGGCACUGGUAGGGUUGCAUGCAACGGUACUGGUGCAAUCCCGCCAGCUUCUUUAGUAGAAAUCAACAUAGCAGAUAAUCGUGGGAUGGACUAUUACGAUGUUAGCCUUGUAGAUGGCUUCAACUUGCCUGUUUCUGUAGCCACCAGAGGUGGCACUGGUGAUUGCAAGAACUCAAGCUGUCCAGCCGACGUGAACGCAGUUUGCCCAGGGGAAUUGCAAGUGACAGGGUCUGAUGGGAGCGUGCUUGCCUGCAAGAGUGCUUGUACUGCUUUCAAUCAACCACAGUACUGUUGCACUGGUGCAUUUAGCACCCCGCUAACAUGUCCAACCACAAAAUAUUCUGGUAUCUUUAAGCAACAAUGUCCUCAAGCUUAUAGCUAUGCUUAUGAUGAUCAAACUAGCACCUUUACCUGCUCUGGUGCACCCGACUAUUUUAUCACUUUUUGUCCAUGAAUUAUAGAAAGGAAUUAUGUAUUCCUAAAUUUGUAAUAUGAAACUGAUAUGUUUCAAGUACUAGGCACAUGUAUGUAUGUGUCAAAGAAAUAGUUAUUUGAAUAAAACAUGUACAAAGUUUGAGGUUG